AUGGCUUAUAAUAGUGAUUUCUAGGAUUAAGGGCAAUUUGAUUAGGAAGAGUUUGCAAUGAGAAUGCCAGUGAAGAAUCACUUAUAGAGAUUGGAUGUAAAUAGGUUUAUUAGUUGUAGUAAUUGUUACAGUAAUUGAUGGAUGAAUUAGAGUUGGUGAAGAAAGAGAAGGAAUAAUUGCGUAAUAAUUUGAUAGAGUUAUCAUAAAUAACAACAGAUUCAUUUGAUGAUUCGAAUAAAUAUUUGAAUGAGGAAUAUCGAAGAUUAAUGCAGGAGUUUCAUGAGUAGAAUGCAUUACAAUUAGAAUAGCAUUAAUUCUUAAAACAAUAAGUGGAUUAAAUCAAUUAAGAUAGAAUCAAAUUGCAAUAAAAUACUAUUGUACUAGAGGAUAGAAUUCAAGAUUCAGAAAAAGAAUUGGGAUUUGUUUGAUUAUAAAUAAAUGAAAUUUAAACU